CCCCCCUCCCUGCCGCGCUGCUCCGCGCGUGUGCCCGCCGGUGAGGGCGCGCGCACGCGAGGUGGCGGGGGGUUGUGCUCGCUCCUGCUCUCUCUGCUCUCUGACCCCAGUGGCAGCUCCGACUCACUGCACUCCGGCUCCCCCUCCGUCACACCGAGUCCGCUCUCUCUCUCUCCCUCUCUCCCCGUUGUCUGUCAGUGUCUCUCGCCCUCCUCUUCGGGUCUCUCCCCCUCGCUCUCUUGUCUGGUUUCUUUCCACAGGAGCCAGCCGAGGUCCCGCCGGGUCGAAGGUUCUGCCCUAGCCGCCCAGACUGCCGCAACCCCCGGACGGCCGCUCACGAACCUGCCCGCUCCCCUGUUGCUGCCGCAUGGACCCGCGUCCCUCCGCUGCUGCUGCUGCUGCCGCCGCCGACGCCGCCGCCGCUACCGCCACCACCGCCGCGUAGAGGGCGACCCCGACCCGACACUCUUUCUCCGGCCAGAUAAAAAACGCACUAAAAGCCCCACACGACGAAGUGCUCCUGGCUGCAUCAGGAGGUCUGGUAUAAAAAGCCUGUCAAGCCCACAGUGGCCACUUUACUAUCAGUCAGGGAGGUCAGACAGGAGGGAGACUCAGGGUGCAAGGAGACGCACUGCACUGACUGCAGUGUGUCGUGGUCGAGUUGGUCGGCUGGGUCGCUGCUGCUCCUGCUGCUGCUGCUGCUGGGGGACUUCCUAGGCUUCUUGAGCGGCUCUGAAGGAUGACCGCUGCACGGCUCACUGCUGAAUCCCGGUGAACGAACGGCGUCUCAUGUCCAAACGGCGGAAGGAUGGCUCAUGGCAAAGUGACCAUUACGGUGGACGAGUACAGCUCCAACCCCACACAGGCCUUCACACACUACAACAUCAACCAGAGCCGCUUCCAACCACCUCAUGUCCACAUGGUGGACCCCAUUCCUUAUGACACUCCCAAACCAGCGGGACACACCAGGUUUGUGUGUGUUUCAGAUACACACUCGCGUACAGACGGCAUCCAGAUGCCCUAUGGCGACGUGCUGCUGCACAUGGGUGACUUCACCGAGCUGGGCCUGCCCUCUGAGGUCAAGAAGUUCAACGACUGGCUAGGUGGCCUACCGUACGAGUUCAAAGUGGUGAUUGCCGGGAAUCACGAGCUGACCUUCGAUAAGGACUUUAUGGCCGAGCUCGUCAAGCAGGAUUACUACCGAUUCCCCUCAGUCUCCAAACUCAAACCAGAGGACUUUGACAAUGUCCAGUCGCUCCUCACAAACUGUGUGUAUCUGCAGGACUCAGACGUCACCAUUAAGGGAUUCCGAAUAUACGGGGCGCCGUGGACUCCAUGGUUUAACGGCUGGGGGUUCAACCUGCCUCGAGGUCAGUCUCUGCUGGAUAAAUGGAAUCUUGUCCCAGAAGGCAUCGACAUUCUGAUGACCCACGGACCUCCGCUCGGUUUCCGAGAUUGGGUUCCUAAGGAGCUACAGCGAGUCGGCUGUGUGGAGCUGCUCAAUACGGUCCAGAAGAGGGUGCGGCCCAAACUUCAUGCCUUCGGAGGCAUCCACGAAGGCUACGGGAUCAUGACAGACGGCUACACGACGUUCAUCAACGCGUCGACCUGCACUGUCAGCUUCCAGCCCACCAACCCCCCCAUCGUGUUCGACCUGCCCAACCCCUCCAGCUCCUGAGACCAGAGGACGGGGUCGGUGAGGGUCACGGGCAGGAUAAACUACUUUUCUAUAAAUAUGUCAAGUUUAAAAAAAAAAAAAAAAAGUUCUAAGUGUUUCUUUGCAAACUUUUGAUCUUCUCCAAGCUGUUGUUGAGAUUGAGAAGAUUUGGAGAUGUGGGGUGGGGACUUUGUCUGGGAGGGUUAAAGGAGAAUAUCGGUGUCUUUAUUAUUAUUUUUUUCUACUUGUGCCAACAAUGCAGGUUCCCCUCCCAGAUUUUGUCAGCGUAGUUGCAGAUAGGCAGAGGGCAUCAGUCAGAAACACAACUUCUCUAAAAUUCAUAUAGAAACUUUGUCUCAUGCAGAGUUGAGCAUUUUCAUAUCUUGUGCUACUCAGUGUUAGAAUCAGACAUUAAGUAAUUCCGCAGAAAUAUGUCACCUUCAUGCAGAAUACCAGAAGAGACCACAAGUACUUCAGACUAUUAUUUUUCUGCAUCAUGACAUUUUCUGAUCAUUCCAUGAUCACAGGAAAACAAAACAUGAGGAAUAUGUACACUGUUGUCCGUACUUUAGUACCUUCACAUCUGCGUGUCUUCAAUUAUUUGGAAAGUUCGGAAAAUGAUUAUUAAAGGCAAAGACAUACAGUAUGCAAUGCAAAAUAUUGGGAGGGUGUAAAAAUGAGCUGAGCAGCACCGGUAUUCUCCUUUUUCAGAGGGAUUUUGUGGUUAAACAAUCUUGCUCUUGAUAAAUAUUGGUCAGAUCUGUAAGAUAAAUGAUGCUUUGUGAAUUUGUACAAUUUCUUUAUGUUUGGUUUGCAUUGGCCGGACAAUGGAUGCCAUUGUUUUAUGUUGUAUCAUCUGAGAUUUUGUGUUUAGGUCUCUUUUUUUCUUUUUUUUUUUUUCUGUUUUCUCGUCAGUUUCUCUUUUCUUAUUGGCUGACAGGGACGCUGCCUUAAACUAGCUUUAAUGUUCUCAGCUAGAGCCCCACUCUCUGCGAGCUCAGAGAAGAGUCCUUAUUUAUUACCCAUCAUCCCCGCAAAACAACACCUGACUAACGCAGGGACGGAAAGCUAUCAAAUUGCAACCUGAAAAAAAUAACUUUGUAACAUCCUGUUAUGGAUUUCUGAUCUAAUUUGGAAAGUGUAUGUAUAAAAUAUAUAUAAAUAUAUAUUAUAUAUUCAUGUUGUAAAACAUCUGUACUGAAAGUUGUGUUUGACGAAAAAAAAAGAAAAUCUGGUGCAUUUUUUUUUUCUGUGCGCACCUGAUGUAUGAUUGAUUUGUUUCUUUAAAUCUGCCAUCAGAUGCCCUUCUGAGGUUUCUUUAAUGUUUUUUGUAUUGACUCUCCCGAUAGGGUAGACAUUCAUUUUGGAUGAGAGAGGAAAAUUUGUCACAAUCCAACAGGUGCUGGUUGUUCCCAACAACACGCCUGCCUAAACAUGGUUAAGUUGUCCUUUAAGGUGUAAAUCUGAUAGUAUUUGUGUUUUAUUGCUUUUUUUUUCUAAUUUUGCACUGUGUGUAAAUGCAAUCUUGCUAGCACAAAAAAAUGUUGCCAAUAGUUGUCUCAACUUUGCCGCUGUAAAUGCUCUUUCCGUGCUCUCUUCCUCUCUCGCUCUUUCUGAUUGUAUCCCUCUUCAUGGAAAUGUUAGUUCUCUCUUUCAGUUCAUUGUGAUAUAUUUAGCUGCCUUUAUAUGCAAAUAAAAUUGCAAGAUUUUUACUUAUCGA